GACGGUCUCGUGACUAAAUCAGGAAGAGGCGACUGCAGCAGUAGCAAAACACAAAACAACACUGGCCGCGAUAAACGCAAACAUAAGCUGCACUUAAUUCUUCUUUUCCCUCUUUAUCUCGCCUCCCUGCUGUUUAGAAAUGGACGGGUCUGCCAGAGCAACUUUGGACGCCUCCGCCGGGCCGCCGCCAUACUUCAGAGGAAACGAGAGCUCCCUGGUUUCAGCCCUCAAGACCUUGUUGUUCUUCACAAUCCUCAUGGUCACACUGCCCAUCGGAUUGUACUUCGCAUCAAAAGCAUACAUCUUUGAGGGUUCGAUGAAGAUGUCGAGCUCCGACAGCUACUUCUACGCAGCCAUCGUGGCCGUGCUCGCUGUGCACGUGGUGCUGGCGCUGUUUGUGUACGUGGCCUGGAACGAGGGCACGCCUAAAGACAAGGGCAAACACGAUUAAGGCGGGUACCCAUCAGCCCUCAGGACUGGCAGAGAUGGACGUAUUUGGGCAGGGAACCACAGGGCCCCCUCGACCAACCCGCCUUCCCAAACACCACCAUGGGCUUCAACACUUACCGCGGCACCAUCCAGAACAGCCAGACAGUUACGCUUUUAGGCUUUAACCUGAGGUUGAAGCAAGAAACUGCUGUAUUUGCCAAGGCAUCGGGGGGGGAGGGAGCGGAUGCUGCUGUCGGCGGUGUUCUCUCGGUGGCCUCAGCAGGCCCACUUUUUGUUUUCAGAAAAUGUUACUUUUGUUGACGGAGGAUAGCUCCUGUUUUUAAAAAAAUUUUUUUUUUUUUUUUUUUAAAGAGGCUUUGUUGUAAGCUUCCAUUUGGCUAAGUGCUCUAAGUCCCCUCACAGUAAAUAGUUUUUCAUGCUCGGUAACAUCUUGGGUUUUGACAGACGCGUGCGCGCACACAGUUUUUGUUUGUAUGAAGGAUUUAAUUCCAAAAGUGCAGAAAAUUUGUGCUGCUAAACUGAUCAUUCAGUCCUUAGAUUUCAGCGUUUACGUGCACACAUUUAAAAAAAAAAAAAAAAAAAAUACUAAUAGCUUCAAUGCAAACCCGUAAAGUUCUUCACUUUCAAGCUGCAUUUUGGAACCAAGUCUUCACAGCGCCGCUGAAAUGAUCCCUGUCGUCUGUCCGUCCUUUUAAACAAAGUCUUUUUCUGUCUGAUCUGUCGUGUUUGUGUACCGUGUUUUGGUGACGUUGUGGAACCACGAAUUAGGAAAAGGGUCGCAUCCUAAAACUGUAUUUAAAUGACUGUGUGUGCUAUGAAGCUGUUGAUUUGAGAAUGUAGACGUCUGUGAAGUUUGCGUGAUGCGGAUGUGAAUCCCGACUUGCUCAAAUAAACUGGAACCAUCGUAA